AUGUCUUCUUGUAUCUCGGGGUGUAAUUCUUGUCCUAUGAAGAGCCAGUGUACGUCUAGUAAGGCACCAGAGGCUCUGCAUCUGAGUAUAACUAGUCAGUUCGCUAAUAAACACCUCUUAGCAGUCAUGAGUGGCAAAGGGGGUGUGGGAAAGAGUACGGUAGCCGCGGCAACAGCCCAAGCACUAGCCAGUUUAGGAACAGUUACCCUGGUCGAUUUGGAUAUAGCCGGUCCAAGUAUUCCACGCAUAACGAAUACCACACCUUCUUUAGAACUAGGCGAAGUCUUAACUAGCACGCCGCUUAGUGAAUCUUUCCGGGUCAUUACUCCGCCACUUAGCUUACUUAGCCAGAACCAUGUGCCUGGUGCCCAUGUUCUUAACUACUUAGCUAAAAUACAGGAAUCUUCUGAGAUAAUUGUCUUUGAUAUGCCGCCAGGCACUUCUGAUGCCCACAUUACGCUAAGUAAACUCUUCCCCCAAUUGAAAGUUCUGCUAGUAGCUACCGGGCAUCCCUUAAGCCUAUCUGAUUUACAAAGAGAAAUCACUUUCUGUCAAAAGACCCAACUAGAGAUUAUUGGGCUGAUAGAGAACAUGGCUGCAGGCCAGUGCACACAUUGCGCCCAUUCUUUAUCUUUCUUUCCUACAAAUGAUCUUCAGGCACUUUGCCAGGACAAAAACAUCCCUAUUCUUCAAAGCAUUCCUAUCAACCAGCAAAUAGCUAAAGAUUCCGAUGCCGGCACAGUUCCCAAUCUAAUUACAUCGCAAACACUUACCCAAAUACACAACCGACUUUUCGGCAAAUUUUCAUGA